AUGACUGAUAACAUAUUAGUAUAUUUGAAAGUCAAACCAGAUUAUGAAGAAGAUAAUGGACUUACUAUUUAAGAAAAUACUGUCAAAGUUAUCUCACAAUCAUCUUUUGAAGAGAAGAGUUAUUAAUUUAAUGCUAUCUUUCAAGAGAACCAUGAAUUAUAAUAACAUUGUAUACCAAUCAUUGAUUCAGCUAUUAGAAAUCAAUAAAAUGCAUGUAUUAUUACUUAUGGAUAAACAUAAAGUGGUAAGUCUCAUGCUUUAGGGUUUUCACUCCAUAAUGAAGGUUUAUUACAUUCAUCACUAUAAUAUUUAUUUGAACAAAUGUAAAUACAAUAAGUUACUAUAUCUAUGAUUUAACUUUAUAUGCAAUCUGCUAUCGAUCUAUUAAGUCAAGAUAAAUCACUUAAAGAAUUAAGAAUAAGAAAUAAAAUCAAUGAAACUUAUGUAGAAAAUUUGACUGAAGUACUUGCUCAAAAUUAUUAAGAAUCCUUACUCAUUUGUUAAGAAGGUAUCUAAAAAACAUAAUUCUCUAAAUUACAUACUAUCUUAACACUCAAAAUUAUGAAAUCCAAAAUUCAAUUCGUUGAAAUCUUAGGUAACAAUUCCAUAAAUGCUAAAUCCCCUCAAUCUUCUAAUUGUAUUACUGCUUUACUCAAAGUUUUUAGUGCCCUUCUUAAACAACAAGGAACUUAAUAAUAAGUAUUUAUUCCUUUUCGAGAUUCUAGUUUAACUAUGCUUCUCAAAAAUCAAUUAACACCUCCAUCUAAAAUUAUUGUCAUUGGCACUAUCCUUCCUAAAAACUCUAAUGAAACUAAUUAAACUAUCAAAGCUCUUUCAUCAUGUACUAAAUCUUAUACACUCUCAGAAAAUACUAAUACUACUAAUUAUCAUAAUAAUCCCAAUAAUCCUAAUAAAGCUAGAAGUGUAACACCAACUAUUACUAAAUAAAAACCAUAAGAUAUUAUUGUUAACAAUGAUUAAUAACAAUAACAAAACUUUUAGAAUUAAUUAUAAUAUAAAGAAUUAAGCGAAUAUUUAUUAAAAUUAUUGACUAAAAUCAAUUCACAUGCUUGCAAACUUCUUAAUUAAGAAUGUUUAUAAUUUAUUGAUAUUAAUUAAAAUCUAGACAAAAUCAUUUAAUAAGUCUAACAAGUCUCCCAUUAAUUAUUAUAAAUUAUCAAUGGUAAAAUUGCAUCCUAAAUACAACAAUCUAAAACUGAUGGUUGGUAAAAAGCUCUUAAAUUUUUAUACCACACUUAUGAAGAAGAAAUAUAAAGAGAAGACAAAUUAUUAAAAGAAAAACUAUUAUAUAUUAUUAAUGAAGAGGAGCAAUAUGAUGUAGAUAAUCUUAGGAAAAUCUUAUUUCCUCCAAAAUAAGAAUAUACUAAUUCAUUAUUUAAAACACUUACAACUUUGAGAAAAUAUACAAACACUAUUCAAAUUCCACUUAGUCGUGAAAAUUAUAGAAAUUAAUUAACAAAUGAUAUAAUGUAAAAAGAGUUAGGAGUGAUGAGUUCAUAGACUCAUGAAGCAAUAGGAAAAUAAGAAUUAGCCAGUGUAUUAUUCUUAUUAUAAUAUAGUUCCAAAGUUAUACUGAAAAUUUAAUGAGCAAAUUCAAAUGGUAGAGUACUUAGAAAUAAGAGUAUUAUGGAUAUCAAACCUGA